AUUGUAGUGAGUUCAUUACCGCUGUACCGCUCUGCGCAGCUCAAGUUGAAGGCUAGCGAUCCUCACCGGGACACUUCAGGGAAAGCUAAACUUCAUUUUUAAAGAUAAGCAAUGAGUUGUUUUAACGCAUGAACUCCAACAUUCGGCUUUAAAGACGGUUGAAGCUUCAUAUGCUUAGAAAUUACUGAAGAUUUUGUGCAGCGACGAUUGCGCACGACGCACAGGGACAGAUCAUGCACUGUCAAGCCGAGUUGAGGCUCUCCUCCCCUGGACAGCUGAAAGCUGCCAGGCGGCGCUACAAGACUUUCAUGAUUGACGAGAUCCUCUCGAAGGAGACCUGUGAUUAUUUUGAGAAACUCUCUCUCUACUCGGUGUGUCCUUCACUCAUUGUUCGACCAAAGCCUCUUCAUUCGUGUUCGGGCUCCUCGUCACUACGUGCCUACCCGCUCCUCUCAGUGAUCACGAGGCAGCCGCCCAACCUGCCUGCUCACGUCCCGCAGCCGUCCUCUCCGGGCGCUGCCCAUCCACAUCUGCCGCUGCUUUCCCCGCAGCAUCCCAGAGGCUCCGAGCCGUCACCCAGCCAGACACCCCUCAGUAUCAGCAGCGAGUCGGAGACUGAGCGCAGCACACCGCGCCUGAAGAAGCCACGUCGCAGCCGUACUAUUUUUACUGAGCUGCAACUGAUGGGCCUGGAGAAGAAGUUCCAGAAGCAGAAGUACUUGUCCACUCCUGAUAGGUUAGACCUGGCACAGUCGCUUGGUCUCACACAGCUUCAGGUGAAGACAUGGUACCAAAACAGGCGUAUGAAGUGGAAGAAAAUGGUGCUCAAAGGAGGUCACGAGGCUCCGACUAAGCCCAAGGGAAGACCCAAAAAGAACUCCAUUCCCACCACGGAGGAAAUAGAGGCUGAAGAGCGGCGAGUGAAAAUUGAAGAAGAGGAGAGGAUGAGGAGAUUAGCUGAGAAAGCAGCGGCGGUGCAGAGUGGAGGAGAAGCACCCCAACUGGAACCUCAAGAUCUCAGCUCGGAAAGUCACAAUCCAGCCGGGGCAGUGGAGGGAUCCGAGCGAGAGCUGCCACUCCUUAUGUCAGAAACUCACACAGCCAGCUAAGCAAGAACAAACCAAAGACUGCCAAAAAAAUGCCAACCUGAAAACAAAUAGUGCCUCAGGAUCACUGUAAAAAAGCCUGUGUGGUGUUAAGAGCCAGUUGCUUUAGCUAUAUCGUCGGCUUCACGUUAGUGGCCUAGAGCUUUUACCCAGUGUAGCAUUGAGUUUUUCGUUCACUGGAAAUUGUGCCAUACUGAGAGCAAAUCUCCAUAAAUACUGAUUGCACUGGUAAACCUUUUGCCUUCAGCCUGCAGCGUAAGGAGUAGUAAUCCAAAAAAAAGGGUCAGUCGGGCCUUAACGUGUAUCUCAGCAGUCAUCGUUGGUGCCAAAAUAUCAACCAAUGCCUUAUUAAAAGGUGUCUAUGAAUCUUUCUAUUAUACCUUACUUCACUGCCAAAACUCUGUAAUAUGAAACGGUUACAGUGCCUUGUUGGUCUCAGAGGAAAGCUUUUUAAAUAAAAUAAUAUCAAAUGCAGUAUAUUUUUUAUAGUCAUUUCUAACUGUAAGUGCCAUAUUUCGAGACGGAUUUGUACAGUUUAGACAAGAAGAUCUCUAUUUUAGUUUGGAGUCAGAUUGUAGAGCUGUGGUUAUUAUUUGCUCAUUUAAGCUUGCAUUUUUAUUUUGUUUUUUCAAAGAUCAAAAGAAAUGUUUCUGCCAAGCCAUACACUGUAUCAUACAAUAGAAACAUGUACAAAACAUAUGGUCUUUCAAAUAUAUACACAUAUGAAACAGAAUAUGAACUGCUGUUUUGAAUUGGAUGAAAAAUAGUUUAUAUAUAUAUAUAUAUAUAUAUAUAUAUGAUGUUUCAGCUGUUCCUGAUUUCUUUUAAAAUGGAAGUAAAUAUGUUUUUCAACCACAAGGACACCAUAACUCUGAAGCAGUUUAGACUCACAAAGGGAAUAAAUCAUAGCCUGUGCGAGAAAUACACGUCAAACACAUAAAAUCUCCAAUAUGUUUUCAGCCUGCAGGCUCUGUGUGAUUACCCUAAUUGGUACGUUAGACCUGAAUUAAAAUAAGAGUUUGAAACUGCCUGUCAGUGCCUCCUCCGUGUACAUCAAACUCUGCUCUCUGUCCUGUUACAGAUCUCAAAUGUUUAAGAGUUUCGACUGUUGAGUUUUGCAGAUUUACGUUUAUUUGUCAUUGUUUAAGAUGAAAAGUGCAGUAUUUUUCAAAUGUAAAUAAUGCUUGUUUGGUAAACUUGUUUGUUGUUUGUUUUUGUUUUUUUAGGUUUGUGUAAAAUUAUUUUUACUAUAUACAAGUGUGUGUUUAUGUACGUAAAUACACUUAAUAAAAUAGCUAUCGUUCAA